GAAGUGACAUGCAACUUUGAUAUAUCUUUGUGCGGUUUUGAGCAAGGCACAGAUGACACGUUUGACUGGACUCGACAUAAAGGCAAGACACCUUCUCCCGGUACAGGACCUUCUUUUGAUCACACCACUGGAGACAUAACAGGUGAACUCUAAAUUUGCGAUCGUGCGGUAAAAUCUAGAAACUUACUAUGAGGCAGUCCUACUAUUAGCAAAGAGAAAUAUAAUGUAUCAAACUAAUGUAAGAGCAGUCUGCUGCACAUUUCACUUUUGUUAUGAAAAUAUUGUUAGUUUUAAUGUUGCAAGUUGUUCUACUUGAUGCCACAACCACUUUCUUUGGUUUAAUUGUCUUUUGUUAGUUAUUUUAGCUGCUUUCGNGUGUCUUUGUCGUUCGUCACAUACCCCCCUCCUUUUUGUUUUUUGUUUUCGUUCUUUUUGUUUUUGAUUUUUUGUUUUCUUUAUUCUUGGCUAGCACUCGCGCUCGCAUACUGUCUUACUGCUCAUGCGUUCCUCCCAGCGGUCGUGGGUUUUGUUUUGGGUGGGGGGGGGGGGGGGGGGGGGCUAUGUUCAUGUCUUGUAGCGUUUCCUGUUUCUCUCAAUUCCCGAAAGAAGGACGUCUUAGCAACUUUUUUUUAAGAAGGCUCCCUACUUUGAUCAUUCUCAUCGUUUAGUCAGUGAGGGUCAUCUUUUUAAAGUCACAUGGAAACUUUUUUAGUGCGCUCUCGGAUAGGUUAUUUUUUUUUCUCUUCUCGCUAUCCGUACACCCAGUUGUAUCCCCUUGUAAGUUAUAGACGUGUAUAUAUCUUUUCAACAAAAAAAAAAAAAGAUGAUGUAGCAAAAUUGGAUAGUCCGCACUGUCUGGUUAAGUAUUUGUUACUCUAUGUUGAUCUUCAUCUCUUUAAAGGUUAUUUCAUGUACAUAGAAGCAUCCAGUCCACGAAAACGAGAAGAUAAUGCAAAAUUGUACAGUCCUCCUCUUGCAUUCCCAGGGCACAUGUGUCUUGAAUUCUAUUACCAUAUGUCUGGUGCAGCUAUUGGAAGCCUGAAAGUCACCAUAAACGAAAAAGUAGUGUUCUCUAGAAGCGGUGAUAGAGAAGACAAGUGGUAUAAAGCCAGUAUAAAUGUAUCAGCUAUUGUGGGAUUGCAUAGGGUAAUAAGCUUUAUCUUUUAUCUCUCUUAAUCUAACUGAGCCGAGAUCCUCAACGAUGGGAAAACGGUGUCCACUGAAGGUAGUAAUAGAGGAAGUUAAAAAGACACUAGGAAUAUUUGAGCAUAUCUUUUUUAUUUGGCUUUGGAGUCUAAGCAUGUUCCGAAUCUUACUUUAGUCAUGAAUUUCCUUUUUUUUGUACUUGUCAGUUAAAAAGAAAACGAAAUUAGUUGACUCGAUCGAUCGACUGCUACUAUUGUCAGACUGCAUCUUCAGCUGCAUCUUACCAUUAGCUUCAAUUUGACACUGUUAAGUAUAUAUAUCAUUCCAUAAUAACAUUUUGUCACUACAGUCGAACCUCUUUAAUACGGACACCGAACGGACAGAGCGAAUUGUCCGUAUUAAAGAGGUGUUCGUAUAAAAAAGGUCAUUACGAUGACGUCACUUUUAUGACUGCACUUACAGUUAGUGUUGAGUAGUAGUCAUUUAAGUUAAUCAAUUAGCAAUUCCCAGUACAAAGACUCUGUUUUUCAGUAGCAUUCAACUUUGUACAUAUCAGCGACGUACGUACAUUCGUAGACAAAUCACUGUUUCAAAACGAAACGAGCUACAGCGCAAUCCUGCAUCUAAAAAGUUGUAACGUAAAGCACAAUUCUGAAAGAGUCUUUCGCUAUUUUGUAAGUGCAGUAAACAGUAACUAUAGAGUACAAAAUGUAAUGGAAAAGAUCUUUAUGCGAUCUGUAGUUAUUCAAGAUUUAAAAAAAUCGGUUACGUUCCUCUGUACACCUUUUUGCAAAUCGUUCUUUGAUAUACAGCGACUGGGCUUUUGAAGUCACCUUGCAUAGCUUAUCAGCCAGACGGGAUUCACCCUUUGCAGAUUCACCUGAUCGGGAUUCGGGAUUCACCUGAUCAGCGCAGUGUCCGUAAUAAAGAGGUUAAGUUUAUACGGAUUUACUCUCUUGGGCCGAGAUUUAGUGUCCGUUGUCCGUAUUAGAGAGAGUCCGUAUUAUAGAGGGUUUUUUUUCUUUUUAAGAAAAUAUAAAAGAAUUUUUUCGGGAAAUUGGAAACUGUCCGUAAUACAGAGGUGUCCGUACCGAGAGGUUUCACUGUAAUUUCAGUAAAACAUACUUUCUCUUCAAGUCACGAACAGCGGCGCUUUCAGACUGAUUACACCUUUCAUAGAUCAGUGCCAAAUAAAACAGUAAACGCCUAAGUAGGAUUAUGCACAUUUCGAGCCAUCGCAGCGCGGAAUUGAAUGGGUUUUUCAAAAUUUCCUCACGUAUCAGUUAUAUUUGUGAGAGAGCUUCGCGUGGUUGAGUUUUAUCUGUUAUUAUGUACAAACGUGAUUAAACAAAUCAGACAACCCCAACCACAAUUACAGACUGAAAUGGACUUCACUCCUUCCUAUUACCCUGCAGUAUCUAAAUUAUCAGAAUUAUUUUCUUUUACCACAGGUGACAUUUGAAGGGGUAGUUGGCAACGAUUACAGGGGUGACAUAGCAAUUGACGAUUUCUCCUUGACAGCCGGGUCUUGUGCUUUUAGUAAGUAGUUUUGAAAAAGAACUAUCUUUGCAAAGGUAAACAAAAAUUGUGGUGCCCUAUUUUUGUUAAGGAAUACUUUAUACUUGAGUUGUAGGUAUUAACAUUUGUCUUUGGGGGCAACAAAAGAUUUGCGUCGAAGGAUAAAGACCAAGAAAAGGAUUGAAACUUACUUGUUCAGAUUCUUUCAAUAUGCCCCUGAUAAUAAUUGUCGUUACAGCGCUCGUUUACUUUCCGCUUCCACGAAUCAAUAAUGCGUCUUUUUAAGCCGCAUCAACAUACGUUCCUUGGCCUCAGCAGUGUUUUAUUUCCUUUAUACAUGAUUGUUUUUAACUUAGGGACGGACCAUUAGAAAAGUUAUGGGGGGGGUGGGUGGGUGGGGAAUUUUUGAGCCGCAGGAAUUUGUUUUCGCUAUGAAAUUCUUUGUAUGAAUUUUUUUAGGCCGUAGCAUGAAUAUUUUUUAGGGUUAAUUGGCGUGCAUGAUUUUUUUUUCAUUUAAUUUUUCCUUGCGCGGGGUGGCUAAGGUUAAUUCCCUUUUAGCGCUCCAAGCGUUCAGAUCGUGGGGACGGCGAGAGAGAUAUGAGCAAAAAAAAAGGCAGUAAGGGGGGAGGGAGGCAGUCUAGUUAUUGUAUAAUUCGCUAUGAUUUAGUUACAUAGUGCACUCUUGACAGCCACUGAUUACUAGUGAUAUUCGACUACAAACUUAGUUCGGUCCUUUUCCAUUUCUGCAGUUCCAAAGCAUGGAUUAUUUCGGUGCUGAAUUGUGCUCUUUCGUUUCCUUAUUCAGAUUGUUGCAGUUAUCACUUUGAAAAAUACCAAGAUUUACCAACCAGCUCAGCUCACGCUGUGGAACAUUUCACCAUCAAUGGAAAUCUGUUUCUCGCCUUCGCAAACUACAAAAGUGACAUCGCCGGAAAAUACAACACAGACUCUUUCAUAUACAAGUUCAACGAUUCGACUAGGAAAUUCUCUCCUUAUCAGAACAUAAGUACAAAUGGAGGGCAAGACGUGGAAUAUUUCAAAAUUUCUGAUGAACAUUACCUUGCUGUUGCUAAUGGUUACAAUGGAGUUACGCACAGACUGAACUCUGUUAUUUAUCGUUGGAAUGGAAAAUUGUUUGUCGCUUUUCAAAACUUUACUACGCAAGGAGCAAAUGGCUUUAGUUUUUUCAUAGCAGACAAAGAACCAUUUCUUGCCGUAUCAAAUCUUUACCACGACGUUACAAAUAGUAUAAACUCUGUCAUCUACAGGUGGAAAAACAAAAGGUUUGAACUCUUUCAGGAGGUAGCAACAGACGGAAGUAAUAAAAGUGUCGCGUUUCUAAUUAAUGAUGAAAGCUACAUCGCUUUUGCCAAUUACGUCAAAGAUUCAGUCGUCUACAAGUGGUCAGGGAAAAGCUUCUUCAAACUACAGACUCUUCCGAAAGCAAAUGAUUUAAAAUUCUUUAAUAUAAGUGAUAAUGCGUUUCUGACCAUCUCCUCUCCAAACGAGAACCCGUUAAUUUACGAGUGGAAUGGCACUCAGUUUGGGUUUUACCUGAUCUUUCUUAAUGCUGCAGGGUGGGGCUUGCAUCCAUUUGUGACUUGUGGCCAAAACUUUCUAGGUUUGGCUGAUCCGUACAACAAGGCAAUGUCCCCGCUGUAUAUAUAUAUGUUCUCUAAUGGCCAGUUCACAACAUUUCAAAAGAUUUCCACCACUGGAGCGAUGGAUAUAACGUCAUUUGAACAUAAGGGUCAUACUUAUCUGGCUAUGGCUAAUUCAGGGAAUGAUAACCAAAAGAGCACUGAAAGUGCGCUUUACAAGUGGACCAUAGAUUAA